AUGGCAGCCCAUGUGGACCCCCUCGUGGUAGGCAGAGUGAUCGGCGAUGUGGUUGACAUGUUCGUGCCCACCAUGCCGUUGUCCGUGCGCUUCGGGACCAAGGACCUGACUAACGGCUGCGAGAUCAAGCCGUCCCUCGCCGCCGCCGCGCCGAUGGUCCAGAUCGCCGGCCGGCUCGGCGACCUCUUCACUCUGGUUAUGACUGACCCUGACGCUCCGAGCCCCAGCGAGCCAACCAUGAAGGAGUGGCUUCACUGGCUGGUGGUUAACAUACCUGGUGGAUCAGAUCCUUCUCAAGGUCAGGAGGUGGUGCCGUACAUGGCGCCGCAGCCACCGCUGGGCAUCCACCGCUACGUGCUGGUGGUGUACCAGCAGAAGGCGCGAGUGGCGGCGCCGGCGCAGGAGCCGGGCCCGGGCCCGGACGCGGCGAUGCGCGCGCGGUUCAGCACGCGCGCCUUCGCGGGGCGCCACGACCUGGGACUCCCCGUCGCCGCCAUGUACUUCAACGCGCAGAGGGAGCCUGCCAGCCGCCGCCGCCGCUAG